CUGUACAUUGUUGCAGUGUGUGAGUGAGUGUUAUCAAUCUACUCUAAGUGGUCAGUGUAGUCAGUGCUCUCUUACAGUUCUCGUCCUAUACCGGAGUAAUGAAGAUCUUCACCAGUUUCAUUCUAUUUGGGAUAAUUGGAACUUGUUUUGGAGCUGGAGGUGCAGUAUCAGGCCAGGGCGGCAGUGGAGGAUCCCUCACAGAAACAGAAGAAACACGUCUGCUUGCGGAAGGUCGCCCCCUCAUGCUGACGUGCGACUAUAAUACUACCAACACUGACACUGUAUGGAUAAAGGAUGGAGACGAGGUUGUUGAGAGCAAUCGCAUCAAAUUGUUUAAAAACAGUACAUUGUACAUUCCUGCCGCCACUAAACAAGACCUGGGCGAAUACCACUGCUCACUACCAGAUGAACAAGAGCCCAAAGUCUUCAAUGUUGUCGAACUGAUUCUUCACAAACUGCUGCCCAAGUCAACCACAGUGCUGGAAAAUGACAAGCUCUCUCUCACCUGCCUGGUGCAGGGUGACCCUCUCCCAACUGUUCAGUGGCUCAAAAAUGGUGAACCAAUUGAGAAGUCCAUUAACUCAUCAAGAUUGGUGUUGUCCGAGAACGAGUACCACGUUCCUAAUGCCAGUCUCCUGAUCAAGCCUCUGAUGAAGAACGAUGAUGGUGACUAUAUCUGUCUCAUCACCCAGUUCGCUAUCCAGCACAACACAACCACUGAUGUACGAGUCAAAGAUAUUUAUGCUGCGUUGUGGCCAUUCUUGGGCAUUGUAGCCGAGGUUGUGUUGUUGUGCACAAUUAUCUUCAUCUACGAGAGGCGUCGCAUCAAGCCCAACUUUGAUGAAUCCGACUCUGAGCAGACUAAUGAACAGAAGAGCAAAGUUGAAAACAGCAAGGAGGUUGAUGUCAGGCAGAGGAAGUAGGGAGACGUUAAGAGCUAAGAAACAUCAUCAUCACACUUGUGCACGGUACUAUAGAUGAUAAAAGAGAGAGUUUUCCCGUCAAGAGUUCAACAGUCCUAAGAGGCUCUCACUGAAUGCAAGCAAAAUGAAUAGGGUAGAUAAGUAACAUUUGGGAGUGUACCAAGAACAGCUGACUUGUGUUUGUGUGAAAUAAUAAUAAUAUUGAAUAAAAACUCUAGAUUUUGCUUUUAGGUGUUAAUUUAUAGUCACAAAUUUGAUUUUUUUACCUACAAAAGAUGGAAACAUUAUGAAGGAACCUCUAAGAGAAUGUGUACAUGUGUUACUAUGCUGUAUGGCAGGAUAAGAUAUGUACACAGUGGUUUCAUCAGUGAUAUGUCCUGUAAAUUUUAAUUCAUUCACAUUUAUAUAUAUUUUUCAAUGAUAACAGUACAGUAUGGCAAAUACAUCCUAUGAAUUAUAAUAUGGCUGCCAGUUAUUCAUGUUUGCUUACAGUAGAUCUAACCUUCAUAAUGUAUUGCACUUAUUUUCUUUUAAUGUUACAGCAUUACAGGUAAUUUUUCUUAUAACUACAGUUCCUGUUUAUAAUUUGUGUUGGUGACAUGUGCACCAACAUUGCAGUUACAGGUACAUUACAGGUACAGUGUAUAUAGUUUGCAUAUGAUUUCAUAUUUUAUUGUAUUUGUGGAUUACAAUAGAGCCAAGUUGCUGCUCCCAUAAACAGUACCAGCAAAGUUAAGAAGAAAACUCAGGAUUUCGAGAUGUAGGUUAGGACAAAUGAAUAGCAGGGCAGGAGGAUGAACGCUAGAUCCGGGAACCAAGCAAAGUCAGAGUUUAGAAGGGCUGAAAAGGAAGAGUUCCAGAGGCAGAUUGCAAGUGAGGUCUAGUCAAACCCAAAGGCUUUUUACCAUUACGCAAAGUCGAAAAUAAAAACGCGAGUAGGCAUAUUGGACCUGAGGCUUGAAGAUGGUAGUUAUGCAGAUUCUGACCAGGAUAAGGCGGAGGCGUUGAACAAAUUUUUUUUAUCGGUUUUCACAAGAGGAUGUGAACAAUCUUCCUGCAUUUGAGGAAAGACUGUGUAAUGGAUAAUUGUAUUUUUAUUUUAUUGGAAAAGUAAAAUUGUUGGGGAAUAUUGAAGAUCGAUGGUGUUGGAUCCUGGGGAGUUUGUAGUUAUGAUAUAAGCACUACUUGUUGUAUGUAAUGUUUCACAACUGUACACAUUUAUCUUCAAAAUCACCACAAGGUGUUUAAUUUGAGUUGUAUGGUGAUAAAAGGUGGAUAUAAUGCUGGUAGAUGGAAUGUGAUAUAUUAAAGCUUGUGAUUUAUCUUACAUUAAAAAAAUGUAAUAUGAUUAUUUACUUAGAGAAAUGAUGGCAAUGGAAAAAUAACAUGAAGGUCAGGUUGUGGAAGUUAAUGUAAUUAACAGUCUCUGAAUAAGAUGGACACUAAGGCAAUAUUAUAUUUUUUUGCUAAUACCUGUACUGUAUACACUACUGCAAUAAUUUACAUGGAAUGUAAAUUUCAUGUUUGGUAAUAGUAUCAUUAUUGCAUUAAGAUUACUGCCUUCAUUGAUGACUGACUUUCACUGCAGUAUUAUCAAACACUCAUGAAAAUUUUCAUGGUUUGCCCAUCUUUAGUAUAUGAGUAAGAUUACAUUAUUUAUUUGUUACUCACACCUUGACACUAAUGCUGAUCAGUCAAUAUAUUGCUUUGUAUCAGGAAGUAGAUCAUCAUAUUUUAACAUUUUUGCAAUGCUGGUGACACUGCUCACAGGACACAUCACAUGCCCAUGGCUUCAGUGAGUGAGUACAACCACCUCUUUCAUGUACUGCAAUCCUCCCAUAUUUUCUGUGUGAUUGUGUAGUGUUGCACAUCAUAAAAGGAACACAAUAUUCACUUAAACUAAUAAGGCAAAAACUAAUACAUUUAUCAGGUUCACAAAGUUUUAAACACAUCUACAGUCAUAACUUUUUCUGGUAAUGUAAUAACUGAAUUCAUGUAAACAAGUUUCAAUAAAAAUUAAUAGACUGAUGUCACAAGAAGCAGAAUGACCAUAUCUUACUGAAGUAAUUACCCUGUCAGUGUAGAUUUAACAUUCUCACAACUGUGAUUAAGGAAUAACUGGAUAUGUGGACUUAUUUUCAGGGUUAUGUGCAAAUGUGCCUUCUUUCUUGAGUGUGUAGGAUCUUUUAAUACACCUCCUACUUUUCAGAGAUACAUAUAUACUGUAUAUAUAUAAAUUCGAUGGUUUCCUUAAAUUUUAUAUAAGUUGUAAGUACUUUCUCAGAUUUAGAUUGAGGUAAAAUUACUUUCCUCAUCAUUCAGAGUAUUUUAUUUCACUUUAUUAACCCUUUGAGGAUGAUGAUUUAACCCCCAGGACCCAGAGGGUUAAAUAAAGUUGUUGAUUAUGUGUUAAUUACUUGUACUUCAGCUGAUGGUAUAACCUUUAUGCAAUAGACUUAUCUUUCUAUAUAAUCCGUUAGAUGGGGUUUUCUACUUCUAAAAAAGGACCCUCAAUAUAAUGGACUUUCCUCUCCACAUAGUCCAUCAAAUAAAAGUUUCACUGUACUGUACUAGUUAUAAAUCCUCUAUAGAAAGUAUCCCAUCAGCUGUAGUUCUUUAACAUAGUUUUAUUGAAUAUGUCUUUAUUAUAAAUGACUAAAGUGAUUUUUGUAUAAGCUAAAAUGUACAUUAUUUUUAGAUUUUAUUUUGCAUUUUAUUGUAUUGAAGUUAUUUACAUUCUGAAUAAAUUUAUAGAUACAUUAAUA